AUGCCACGACCAGAGGAAGACGAGGACUGGAGAACGUUGACCGAUGCUAACGAGCGACGAAGAGUACAAAACCGAAUUGCGCAGCGUAACUAUCGCCGCAACAUCAAGCGCCGACUACAGCAACUAGACAUGUUCAAAGGGUGCAUAUCAGGUAGCCCACCAACACCCAAGGAAAGGCAGCAAUCUCGUCGAAUGCUGCCUAGAGAUUUGACACAAUCCAAGGAGACACGUCGACAUUCAAUUUCCCCUGCGGCUCCGGAUGCGCUAUUGCCUAGUUUAGAAACAAUCAAUGUCCCAGCAACAGGAUCUUCAAAUGGGUCUUCUGUCCAAACGUUCCUGUUCGGCAGUACAGAAGAGACAGAAAACAUUUCGCCCAUGUCAAAUCAAGAAAACUGCGACAUCGCCUCGCAACAAAAGAAUGAUGGCAGUACCGUAUUUGAUCUCACAACACCCCUCACAGAUUUAGAGAACGAUAUCAUCUUGUUUUGUCUUGACUAG